AUGACUGUCUUCAUCGCGUCCCUAUUUCUGCCCUACACUGUGAACUUCCAUGUCGAUAACUCGCGCAACCGCUCUCCACCUGCCGUUACUCCACCGGCCACCACGAAAGCUGACACGAUUUCCCCGCAACCCAAAGUAACCGCCAGUCUUUUCGAAGCAAAGAAGCCAGCUCAACAGAAGGGACUUACCCCCGGAGCGACGACGGAUCAUGAACGCAUCUUCACAGCCGAUUUGGCCCGGACAGAGGAAGAGCCCUCUGGAUAUCCGUUUCCGCCGUCGGCAACGGGGGAGAACCAGCUUCUUACCGAGAGUGAAGCCCAUUCCCCUGCAUGGGGAGCAACUACAUCUCUGAACCAGCCAAAGCCUCAGGCUGUCUUGUCGCCCUCGCCAUCGAUUCUGAAACACCAAGAUCCCAUACCUCCGCCCAAGGAGCCUGUGUUGCACAAGCUCCCCCAAGUUGCGUCAACCCCGGCAUUAGUAGGCCUCAAAAGGGCUGAGCUUUCCGGUCGCAAAGAAUCAUUCUCUAGGGCAGAAUGGACUAUUGAAACCGCCGAGCAAGGGAAUGGUGGCUUGCGAAAUGCGGUCCGCUCGGCUCGGGACGCCGGAUACUUGGACGAGAUGAUGUGGGUGGGCACCAUGGGCAUGCCGACGGACGCACUAGUGGAAUACACCCGAAAAGAGAUCGCGGAAAAGCUGGAAGAAGAGUAUGGGUCUCUGACAGUGUUUGUCAGCGACGGCGACUUCAAUGGCCACUACACCCACUUCUGCAAGACGAUCCUUUGGCCGGUCUUUCACUACCAGAUACCGGACAACCCCAAGAGCAAAGCCUACGAAGAUCACUCGUGGAUCUAUUAUGUCAAACUCAACCAAGCCUUUGCAGAGCGCAUCGCCAAGGAUUGGAAGCGCGGUGAUUCUAUAUGGGUUCAGGAUUACCAUCUGUUGCUUGUCCCGGCUAUGCUGCGGAAGAUGGUGCCGGACGCGCAGAUCGGGUUCUUUCUGCAUAUUGCCUUCCCGUCCUCGGAGGUCUUCAAAUGCCUGGCCCCACGCAAGGAGCUUCUCGAGGGCAUCCUUGGUGCCAACCUGGUGGGUUUCCAAACUGACGAGUAUUGCCGGCACUUUUUGCAGACGUGUAGUCGCAUACUGUGUGUGGAGGCCACAAACGAAGGUAUCCAGUUGGAGGACCGGUUUGUCAAUGUAGGCACAUUCCCAAUCGGCAUUGAUCCGACUUCAUGGGACAAACGCCGACAGGCGACGGAUGUGGAGCGAUGGGUCAAUACGAUUUCCGCCCGGUAUCAAGGCAAACGACUCAUCGUCUCGCGCGACAAGAUUGACUCGGUCCGGGGCAUUCGUCAGAAACUCCUGAGUUACGAGCUGUUUCUCAACACCUACCCAGAAUGGGCAGACCAAGUUGUGUUGAUCCAGGUCGCUACCAGUACCACUGAACAACCCGAGCUGGAAGCAACGAUAUCUGAUAUCGCCAUGCGAAUCAACUCGACCCACUCGACCCUCGCUCACCAGCCCUUAGUAUUCCUAAAACAGGACCUGGCGUUCCCUCAGUAUCUUGCGCUCAUCACUGUCGCCGACGCUCUGAUGAUCACUAGCUUGCGUGAGGGAAUGAACUUGACGAGCCACGAAUUCGUCUAUUGUCAGGAUGGUAGCUAUGGGGACAAGGCAUUCGGGUCUUUGAUUCUCAGCGAGUUCACGGGCAGUGCAUCAGUAUUCGGAAAUCACGCUCUUCUGGUCAACCCUUGGGACUACCGGCAGUGUUCAGAGGCGAUCCACACGGCGUUGACUCGAGAUGCCAAAAAGCGCAAGGAGGUGUGGGAGGAGAUGUAUCGUGCAGUUCUGCAGAACUCAACCACAAACUGGGUCAAGUCGUUCAGUGAAACGCUAUCCCGAGUCUGGAACGAGCAGUCGUCGCGCGAGAUGAUGGCCGUACCGCGUCUUGCUGUACCGCGGCUGGAGGAGCGAUACCGACAGUCAAAGCGCCGGCUCAUGAUUGUGGACUACGAAGGCACGCUGGCAUCGUGGGGGUCUCCGAGCAGCAUCAUCUUGACAACGCCGCAGCGUGCGAUCAUCACCUUGACGGAACUCACUGAUGACCCUUCCAAUGCCGUCUAUGUUAUGAGCUCGCGCAUGCCGGAAGAGAUGGAGCGGCUGUUCCGUCAGGUCAACCAUCUGGGCUUGAUCGCUGAGAAUGGCUGUUUCGUCCGCGAGCCUCAUAGCGACAAGUGGACUACUUUGGCCGACAAGGUGCAUAUGGAAGCAUGGAAGGAGUCGGUCUCCCAGAUCCUUGCCUACUUCCAGGCGCGUUUGGAAGGGAGUUGGAUCGAGGAACGCCACUGCUCACUCGUCUUCCAUCACGGGUCGACCGAGGACCGGGCUAUUGCUGGCCGCCUGGCCGCCGAGUGCGCCGGCAAUAUCAACGAUGCCUGCGCUAACCAAGGCGUGCAUGCGAUCUCCGCCGAGAGUGCUUUGGUCGUCGAGACCAUCAAGACCAACAAGGCCUCUGCCGCGGAGCUCGUGUGGGGCUGGUGUCUCGAAGGCUCGGGUCAAGCCGAGCGUGCCGCCAAACCGGAUUUCCUGCUGGUUGUCGGGGAUAGUCGUGAAGAUGAGCCGGUGUUCCGGUGGGCCAACAAGUUGGAGAGUGCCAAGGCAGUUGAUUAUGCCAUGACGGUGACGCUAGGGUCGCGAAGCACGGAAGCCAAGGCGACGUUGACGCAGGGAGUGACGGGGGUUCUCUCCUGCCUGCAGCAACUGGCCUCAUCGCCAGAAACGGCAUCUGCAUCGUUGCGACAGUGA